CUUCAGUGUCGACAGGAAGCGAAGGGGGGUUGGUGACAGAGAGCAACAGAGAUAGGAAAGCCAGAGAGAGAGAGAGGUCCUUCACUUCAACCACAGCUGACAACCGAACACCCCACAGAGCUUACAGCAGGAUUCAUGCAGACUGGACAAAGAGCUCUCUCCAUUUCUGCUAAUGUGAUGAUGGCCUCCACUACUUUCAUAAAAGACGCAGGCUGCACAGGCAUGCUGUGCGUCCUGCUGUUCGGACUACUCCUGCCACCAGUGUCUGCCCAAACAUCUACAAUGUCCCCGUCCUCCUCUGUUACUGCCUCCAUGUCAACCGCAGCACCUUCUACCACCAUGGCCGCCGGCACCAAUACACAGCCCCCGACCACCACCACUGUUGGAGGUACAACAAUAAUAAGCACUACCCAGUCCCCUACACUCACAACCUCCGGAGGCACAGCACCCACCGCCCAGUCCCUUACACUCACAACCUCCGGAGGCACAGCACUCACCACCCAGUCCCCUACACUCACAACCUCCGGAGGCACAGCACCCACCGCCCAGUCCCUUACACUCACAACCUCCGGAGGCACAGCACUCACCACCCAGUCCCCUACACUCACAACCUCCGGAGGCACAGCACCCACCACCCAGUCCCCUACACUCACAACGUCCGGAGGCACAGCACCCACCGCCCAGUCCCCUACACUCACAACCUCCGGAGGCACAGCACCCACCGCCCAGUCCCCUACACUCACAACCUCCGGAGGCACAGCACCCACCACCCAGUCCCCUACACUCACAACCUCCGGAGGCACAGCACCCACCACCCAGUCCCCUACACUCACAACCUCCGGAGGCACAGCACCCACCACCCAGUCCCCUACACUCACAACCUCCGGAGGCACAGCACCCACCACCCAGUCCCCUACACUCAUAACCUCCGGAGGCACAGCACUCACCACCCAGUCUCCUACACUUACAACCACCUCAGCUUCCACAGCAUCCACCCAGUCCCCCACAUCAACAUCCGGAGGCUCAACAUCCAUUCCCACCACUCAAUGGACCUCAAUGAUAUCCACCAGUCCUUCAUCAAAUGGUGGUAUUGCUGGUAUGAAUGGAACCACUAUGAUAUACUGCCCCUCAUUCACCUGUAACUACUCAGACUGCUAUACAAUGUACACCAGUCAGAAUACGACUUUAUGUGCUGAUGGUGUGUGCUGGUGUCAGCUGAUAAAACAGACAGACAUUUCUUACACCGUUGGCUGCAGCGCCUCCUGUGCUGAUGUCUGCGUCAACGGCUCUCAGACGAACUGCUCCGUGACCUGCUGCAAUACUACCGGCUGCCUUAGAAGAACUUUUGAAUCCAUGAUGAUGAAUACAACCACAGUAAUGCCAACGACAACAAUAACAACCAAACCCCCAAUGACAACCACCAUUAUUCCAACAACAGCAAAAAAAGGGAACGCAUGCCAUGUUGGUUCAUGUACUGGCACAGAUUGCUACACAACUUUUAAUACGGCCCACACAUGCACCUCCUCACAGCCACACUGCCAACUGAAAAAGGAGACACAGGGGACUGGUUUGAAGUGGACAGCCGGCUGCUCCAACUGUUCUGGCCAGACUCCAUGCAAGGUCACCACACAACCUCCAUGUCACCUGGAGUGCUGCAACGCCACUUUGACCUCCUGCUUGUGGUUGAACGGCACGAUGAAUGUCCCUAAUUCCUCCACAAGAGGUCCUCAUAUCCACACAGAGUUGGUUGCUUCCUUACUUUGCCUGCUCGCCAUCACUUUACUGCUCUGAGUCUCUGAGUGGAAGCUAGUUCAGCUGCUGUUCAGGUCAUUAGGAAAUCAGAGCUUUGUGUAACUCAUUCCUCCAGAAGAAAAGCUUAGCAGUGCAGAGCAUACCACUGCUUCAUUCAUCUCACUGAUAAUAAUAUGUGAUUGUAAUGUAUAUAUGUAAGGGAAUGUGUAAAGCCUCAGUUACAAUGUUGAAUUUGUGUCUCCUUUUUUAAAUCCCUUUUUAUCUCUAGUUCAAGUCUAACCAAAAUAGCUUGAACAGUAUUUGUAAAUGAAAAAUGAUCUUAUAUAACUUCAGGAAUCACUUUACAUUUAAGGUGCAAAUCAACUUUAUAAUUAACACAAUCAUAGUUCUCAGUGAAGUUUUAAGAAGUCAUAUUGAAUCACCAUGUAAUUGGUCAUGACCUUGCCCAUAAUUGUAAUUUAAUCCAGGAUCUGCCUUCUAAAAGAAAGCUGUUUUUGUUUACACCUGUCAUAUGGAAAAUAUUUUAGACAUAUUCUUAUUUUGGAGUGGGAGAGUGAGCCUAAACACAAAGGUUUAUGUUGUUAUAAGUGUAUUUUAGUACGUUAAACUCUCCCUAGAUUAUCAUCUAUUCAAGCCAUUGUGAGAGAAACACAGCUUUGACUGUAAAUGCACUUUAUGAAACACACAUGUUGAGCUGUUAUAGGGUGUUGUGAAGGUUUGCUGGAGCAUUUUCAUGUAGAUGUGAUCCUAAUGAGGUGAGCAAUUUAGUACUUUGGGCUACUCUUUAGUUGAUAUUUUGUGAAUUUUGAGAUGGGUGUCUAUAUUGUGUGGUUUACAGAGAAUAUUUUAAGGUAUAAUGGUGUCAUGUAAAUGUUAAAUACAAUUAGAAUUGUUACAAUAUAUUCUAGUUUUGUGUACUGUGUAAAGUAUGAUUGUGCCUAAGAAAUA